AUGGCGCAGGCUGGGGGCUCGUACAACAACCCCUUGAAAAAAUUCAAACUGGUGUUCCUGGGGGAGCAGAGUGUCGGAAAAACCUCUCUCAUUACGCGAUUCAUGUACGAUUCGUUUGAUAACAUGUAUCAAGCGACUAUCGGCAUCGACUUUCUGUCGAAGGUCAGUGCCCUGCUACUUGUUGCAUCGCUCCCAAAUCUCAACUUCGAACAGACCAUGUAUCUCGAAGACCGGACGGUGCGACUGCAACUCUGGGAUACGGCGGGACAAGAGAGAUUUCGAAGUCUGAUUCCCUCAUACAUUCGAGACUCAAGUGUGGCAGUGGUUGUAUACGACAUUUCGAACGCAAAAUCGUUUCAAAACACGAAAAAAUGGAUUGAUGAUGUCCGAGCCGAACGAGGCAACGAUGUAAUCAUUGUGCUGGUUGGCAACAAAACUGAUCUGAACGAGAAGCGUGAAGUUACGACACAACAAGGGGAGGAUGAGGCCAAAAAGAAUAAUUUGAUGUUCAUGGAAACCAGUGCGAAGCUGGGCCACAAUGUUAAAAACCUGUUCAAACGGAUAGCGCAAGCGUUACCUGGUAUGGAGGGAGCUGACGCCGCUGCUCAAGCAUCGAGUCAGACCUACUCAGGAAGGAUGCUCGUGUUAGCCGCCGCCCGUGGCCCGGAAGAUGCGGAGAAGAUCACCAUAUCCAUAUCAGUCGUUGGCAAACGCGAAGAGUGGAGACACGAAGCCCCUGGUGCAUCUUCGACCACUCGACGAUUUCUACACGCCGCCUCUUCCGUCGUUGGCUUCAAAUCAACCGUCGCCGAUUGCUCAGGUUCCUGUCGUCGUACCUUGUUGGCACAGCGCCUUCUGCAGCAUGCUUGUCAUGUCGAAGUUUGCAAGAUUGUAUCUCAGGGCUCCGCGGCCACAAUGAGCCUUCAGACUGGGACAGAACUUAUCUCAUUGGCGCUCGUUUUUAAUAAGGUCACAGGAGUCUAUGGGUUGUUGGCAAUUUUGACCGGCUACCAGCUAUCUUUGCUCCAACUGUCGACGUACGUGUACUCGAUCGGUGUCCUGGCACUGCUCGUGUGCCUUAUCCCUCAUAUCCGACGGCAGAGCCCCUUCAAAUGCUUGGCUUUGGCAUGGUUAUACAUUCUAGAUACGACGAUAAACGGAACUUAUACGGCCGCGUUCGGGCUCGACUGGUAUUUUGCCAGUACCUCAAAUAGCAGACCCGAUUUGACAUCCACAUCCCUCCCCGGCAUUGUUGUAGAAGGCUUCGAGAGCCUUCGACGACAGCACGCUGUUCAUGGCAAAGUUGUACCCCAAGAGACGGCGACUAGCAUGGUUUUGAUUGCGGGACUUACGCUCAUUCGAGUGUACUUUAGCUUGGUUGUGAUGGCAUUUGCCCGCCAAGUGCUACAAAAAUACAUGCAACUGAUGAUCCUCGAAGGACCUGGUGUGGACGAAAACGAGGGGCCCUUUGCUGCUGACUUGCCAGACGGCGACGGUCGAAAAGGACGACUGGGCAGACUGAUGGUGUCCUUUGGGAAAGGAUACUGGUUAGACAUUCCGGGAUCUGAGAACUGGGAGAGGGGCCUACACAGAAAACCGUACAGCGGUGGUGCUCUAGAGGGGGAAGUUUGGAAGGGUUGGGGGGCGUGGGAGCAUGUUGAAUAUGUAAUACUCCUUAUUGCUCUUGUGCUGUACACGCAAGCACGGUAG